UUUCAACUGACAAAACAGCUGACUUAAAAAAUCGACUGCAUCGAAAAUGUCUAACGAAAAAUCAAGACAAAUUAAUGGUCCAACAGGUUUGACAGAUUACCAUGUGACACUGGCCAACAAUCACAAAGUGAUUGAAUCAAGAUCGAUAUGGAUGUUUAUGAUUGUUGUUUUGAUUUGUACGCUCACCGGAGUUUUGUUUGGCGCAUAUUUAACAAAAAUGAUACUUCAACAAAAUCCUACCGUUCAAUAUGGAAAAUCAACAGAAGAUCUAAAUAUUAUUGAGAGAAAUAAAUGGAAUGCAAAAUCUUCCCAAUUUAAUUUAUCCGAGUUUAAACUUCCCGUAAAAAGAAUUAUCAUUGCUUCAACAAAUACAGAAAAUUGUAACACAACGACCAAGUGUAUCGAAAGAGUGCAGAAAAUUCAAGAGAAACACCAAACAGAUGGAUUGAAUGAUAUCGCUUAUAAUUUCCUUGUUGGAGAUGAUGGUGGCAUAUAUAUUGGACGUGGAUGGGAGUAUCAAGGUGAACACACAAAGGGUUACGAUUCAGACAGCAUAUGCAUUGCAUUUAUUGGGACUUUUGAUGUGUUGCAACCAUCACAUCAACAAUUGCAUUCCGCCCAUGGAUUAAUUGAAGUUGGAGUUGAAAAGAAUCACAUUAUCUCAGACUAUGAUCUAUAUGGCCAGAGUCAAUUAUUAUCCAGGAAUGAUAAUAGCCCAGGCACACUGCUAUUUGAUAUUAUAAAGACAUGGUAUCACUGGAAACGAGUUGCUUAUUGAUAAGAAAGUGGGUUGCAUUUUUUCUAAUAGUUUAGUAGAAUUCGUUGUAAAUAGUCAUACAUUUGUAAGUCUAGAAUAUGUAUUGUUUUUAGAAUCUUAUAGGCAUUAAAUUCGUUUUUUAUUUAAAAUUAAAA